CUCUGGCAGGCAGUCCUGCCUGGGAGGGAUCUGCUGCCGAAGCCACCCAGGAAAGGAGGCCCGAUACGCUAAUUAAUAUUCUGAACUAGUGACCCUUCUUUUUCUUUCCACCCCUUCCCUUUCUCUGGGCUCUCCAGCCUCUCCCUGCCGUGGAUGGCUGCAGCCCCCUCCAGCUGAGUCAGUCCUCCCUCCCCGCAGCAUUGCAGCACCUCCACAGCUCCCUCCGCUCCUGCUCCUGCAGCACCCGCUCCGCUCCCGCCGCAGCAGCAUGGCCAGCACCGUCUCAGCCUACAAGGAGAAAAUGAAGGAGCUGUCUCUGCUCUCCCUCAUCUGUUCCUGUUUCCACACCCAGCCUCAUCCCAACACCAUCUACCAGUAUGGAGAUAUGGAGGUGAAGCAGCUGGAUAAGAGGGCAUCAGGCCAGAGCUUCGAAGUGAUCCUGAAGUCCCCUUCAGAUUUAUCUCCUGAGAGCCCCAUCCUUUCCUCCCCCCCAAAGAAGAAGGACCUGUCGCUGGAGGAGCUGCAGAGGAGGCUGGAGGCUGCAGAGGAGAGGAGGAAGACCCAAGAGGCGCAGGUGCUGAAGCAGCUGGCGGAGAAGCGGGAGCACGAGCGGGAGGUGCUGCACAAGGCACUGGAGGAGAACAACAACUUCAGCCGCCUGGCCGAGGAGAAGCUCAACUACAAGAUGGAGCUGAGCAGGGAGAUCCGUGAAGCACAUCUGGCUGCCUUGAGGGAGAGGCUCCGUGAGAAGGAACUGCAUGCAGCCGAAGUCCGCAGGAACAAGGAACAGCGGGAGGAGAUCUCUGGAUAAAGGGCUUUUCUACACAUCUAGCACCUGAUUCCUGUUAACCAACCAACCAACCAACCAACCAAUCAA